CCUAAUGUCAGAAUAAUCCAACUUUAACGAUUUGAUAUCGAAUCGACUACUCGUUAAACGGAAUUGCUUUUAUGGAGUUUGAUAUCAAAUUCGAGUCGAAUCGUGAAACGGAAUCCCACCCCAGACCUAAUGUAAUCGCUCUACGAUGGAUGGGUUGUCACUUGGCGUUCGCGACGUUGUUGUUCGCAAUUUAUCUCUCGUAAUAAAUCGCUCGCAAGCAUAGUCUACUUAAUACGCACCGAAAGUAUGAAAAUAAUUAAAAAGUAAAUAAGCAACUAUAUGCAUUUUGGAGAUGCUACAAAGUAACAAUUUACUUUAUUUGUUGUAGAUAACAUUUAAUUUGAUUAAAAAUGAUAAAUGUUGAAAACUUCAAAUACUUUUGUCAUAUAGAUAACUAUAUAAUAAUAAUAUUAAUACCAGUAUAAAAUCAAUAGCAGUGCCGAUGUUAAUAUGUAUGUAUAGCAAACACGAUCUUGAAGUUUUAUAAAUCCUUUAAUUAAAUUUAAUAGUAGAUAGGUACUUAAUUAAAUACAUCCACAGUAUAUAUUUUUGUAAUUUUGCAACAAGUAUUUAAACUGAAUUAAACAAUGGAUUCAUCGAAAAAACACGUCAAGCCUUCUCCUGAGGAACACGCUAAUAUAUUUUCGAAACUUUUUUAUUGGUGGUUCCUACCAUUUUUUAAUUUUGGAUACAAAAACGACGUGCAAUUUAAAGAUAUCUAUAACGUUUCCCAGAAUGAUCUUUCACAAGUAUGGGGCGAUAAGUUACAAAAGAACUGGGAAGUAGAAUUGUUGAAAAAACAUCCUAGCCUGAAAAGGGCUAUAUCAAACACGUUCUUGAAACAAUAUUUGUGCCCUGGUAUAGGACUAUGUAUUCAGUAUAAUGUCAUUAAGAUGGUGCUUCCCGUAGCAUUAGCCCGAUAUAUCAACUAUUUUGACAAAGGGAAAAGUGAACAGGUUGGAUGGUUUUGGGCGACUGUAGUUGUUUCACUGGUCUUUAUUAUGGUGAUAAUUAACCACAGUUCGGUUUUGUACACUCAGAGGAUCUGCAUGAGAGCUCGAAUAGCAGUGUGUUCUGUAAUCUACAGAAAACUGUUGAAACUGAACCACUCUUCUCUAGGGCAAACAGCUGCCGGUAAACUGGUAAAUUUAUUAUCCAAUGAUGUCCAGCGAUUUGAUAUGGCGUCUUACUAUUUACAUUUUAUAUGGUUUCUGCCCUUCAAUGCUGUUAUUUCAUUUUACGUGAUUUACUGUAACGUUGGGCUUUAUGCUACUGCAGCAGGAAUGACCACUGUUUUAGGAUUCGUACCCAUUCUAAUUUAUAUGACCACGCUACAAGGAAAAUUGCGAUAUCAAAUUGCAAUUAGGACAGACAAACGUAUAAAACUAAUGAAUGAAGUAACUUCAGGUAUUCAAGUCAUAAAAAUGUACGCCUGGGAGAAGCCUUUUGAAAAGAUGGUCGAGUUCUGUAGAAAAUCAGAAGUGAGUUUUAUUGCAAAAACUUCUUACGUAAAUGGUGUUCUAUCUGCUAUGGGCGCGUUUAUAGAGAAGUUGAGUCUUUACGUAACUGUAGUAACAUUUGCAUUGGCCGGAAACCCAAUAUUUGGAGAUAUGGUGUUUUCCAUGGCUCAACUAUUUAAUACGUUCACAUACGUCAUGUGUAUUCACUUUCCGAAAGGAUUAACAUUUUAUAACGAAGCUAAAGUUUCGAUUGGAAGGAUCGAAAAAUUUCUUUUACUCGAUGAAACCGAAAUGCAAAGUAUAACCAACUCUACCACAAAUUCAAAAGAACCUAAUAUCGAUCAUAUUACACGUUUAGAUGAAACUAAUUAUGAGGAAGGACUUAAAAAAGACACUGGAGACAUCGAAUUACACCACGUAACAGCUAGUUGGAUGCCGAAUUCAAUCGCACCAACUUUAGUAAAUGUCAACUUACAUGUCCAAUCGGGCACAUUAUGUUGCGUAGUUGGCAACGUAGGAGCUGGAAAGAGUAGCCUUUUGCAAUUGUUGCUCAAAAGAAUUACGGUAACGUCUGGAAAGAUGAGCGUGAAUGGAACGAUCGCUUACGCGUCCCAAGAACCUUGGUUAUUUGUGUCCAAUGUGAGGGAUAAUAUUCUGUUUGGGAAGCCUUAUAAUAGAUACAAGUAUCGUCAAAUCGUUAGGGUAUGUUCCCUAGAAAAAGAUUUUAAGCAAUUCCCAUUUGGCGACAAAUCAUUGGUAAGUGAAAGAGGAACAUCUCUAAGUGGGGGACAAAGGGCAAGAGUCAAUCUAGCUAGAGCCGUUUAUAGCGAAGCUGAUAUUUAUCUAUUGGAUGAUCCACUGUCCGCUGUAGAUACCAAAGUCGCUAAGCGUUUGUUUGAUGUAUGCAUAAAGGACUAUUUGAGCGGCAAAACGAGAAUUUUGGUCACCCAUCAGUUGCAGUUCAUAAAGGACGCUGAUCUCAUUGUAAUAAUUAAUAAUGGAAAAAUCGCAAAAGUAGGCAACUUUAAUGACAUGACGGAAAAAGAUCUGAAAUUAAUUCAACAACAAGCAGAAAAAGAAGAAAAACAUGAAAAAAAUAAGAAAAUGGAAAUAGCUCCCAGUGAUAAUCUUACCCUCCAGUCGGUGAAUUCUCUUGUAUCCGUAGCUGGAGACGAGCCAGAAGAAACCGAUGAAUUGAUAGAAAAAGGCAACAUUUCUUCUGAUACGUAUAUCGAUUAUUGGAGAGCCGGUGGUAGCAUUUUAUUCCUACUAAUAACUAUUUCUAUAUUCAUUUCAGCUCAAGUAGUUAUAAACUCUGCAGAUCUGUGGAUGACUUAUUGGGUCAACAAUGAAGUAAAACUAUCCCAAUCGAAUAGCAACGGGACAAACAGUCCAAUACUAGGCAAAAAUGCUUCUGAUACUGAGUUACCAUCUAACCUACCACUACCAGAAACCUCAGCAGCAACAUUACAUGAAAUAUCUACUACAAAAAUUGCAAUGAACUUGCUGAAUAGCACUAUUAAUCAUUCCACUAUGUUUGGAAAAUCGAUAGAUGAAAUAAAGCCGAGAGAAUAUUAUAUUCAUAUGUACACAGCAUUUGUCGUUAGUUCGGUCAUUUUGAUGACGAUAAGAUCGUUCUUGUUUUACUACAUCUGUAUGACGGCUUCGAAGGUUCUGCAUAGCCGCUUAUUCAACAACGUUCUUCAAGCUCCGAUGAGAUUCUUCGAUACCAAUUCUUCAGGUAGAAUAUUAAACAGGUUCUCAAAAGAUAUAGGAGCUAUAGAUGAAAUUUUACCUCGUGCUCAAUUCGAUACUGCCCGAAUUUUCCUCAUUGUGUUUGGUGUGUUAACUACGGUCUUCAUAGUUACCCCUUGGAUGAUGGUUCCAACAAUUGUACUUGGUUCCAUAUUCUACUGGUUUACAAUCAUAUAUUUGAAAUGUUCCCAAGCCAUCAAGAGAUUGGAAGGAACAAGUAAGGCUCCAAUGUUUUCCCACGUUUCUGCCACUUUGAAUGGUAUGUCAACCAUAAGAUCUGCAAGUGCAGAACAAAUACUCAUUAGAGAAUUCGACGUUCUGCAAGAUCAACAUACGAGCACAUGGUUUUUGUUCAUUGCUAGCAGUACCGCUUUUGGUUUUUAUUUUGAUGUAAUCAGUACAAUCUUCCUUGCACUAGUUACUUAUCAAUUCCUUAUAUUCGAAGAUGAAAACACCCUUAGCGGCCAUGUCGGCUUGGUCAUUUCUCAAAUUCUCAUCUUGACAGGUUUAGUGCAAUACGGAGUUAGGCAGGGCACUGACGUUGCCAGUAACAUGGUUAGUGUUGAAAGAGUGAUGCAGUACACGAAAUUAGAGAAAGAGCAUCCGUUAGAAACAGGACAGAAACCUCCACGAGAAUGGCCAAGCAAAGGAAAAAUUCAUUUCAAAAACACUUAUCUCAGUUAUGCUCCAGAAUUGUCUCCAGUAUUGAAAGACCUGAAUAUCGAAAUUGGUUCAGCAGAAAAGAUUGGGAUAGUUGGAAGAACAGGCGCUGGAAAAUCAACGCUAAUCAAUUCGUUGUUUAGACUGGCGCCUAUAGAUGGUUCUAUCUCCAUUGACGAUUUCAAUACUGCGCUGUUGGGUUUGCGCGAUUUGAGAUCGAAUAUUUCGAUUAUACCACAGGAACCAGUUUUAUUCUCGGCUUUAUUACGAUACAAUCUGGAUCCGUUCGAGAAGCACAACGAUAGCGUAUUAUGGGAGGCGUUGGAACACGUUGAACUUAAAGAAGCACUUCCUGAUCUCAAUAUGACCAUCAGUGAAGGCGGCUUAAAUUUGAGCGCUGGACAGAGACAGUUAAUUUGUCUUGCAAGAGCCAUAGUGAAAAACAAUAAAAUUCUGGUUAUGGAUGAAGCUACUGCCAAUGUGGAUCCACAGACAGACUCCCUAAUCCAAAGAACAAUUCGUGAGAGAUUCAAAGACUGCACCGUACUUACCGUCGCUCAUCGACUCAACACCAUUAUGGAUAAUGAUCGAGUUUUAGUUAUGGACGCCGGUCAAGUUAUGGAAUUCGAUCACCCCUAUUACUUAUUACAAAAUUCCGAAAGUUUCUUAUCCAAGAUGGUCAACGAAACUGGACCGGAAAUGGCUUACAAAUUAAAACAAAUAGCUAAAAAUUCUUACCUUUACAAGAAUAAAAUAUCCUCCGAAGAUGGCACUUUCGGACACAGGGAUUAAUAUACCUAAAUAAUUGUUAUUUUAUUAUAUUUUUGGUUAUUUGUUAUAUUUAAAAUAUAAAUCAUCAAAAUAAAGAAU